CCAUCUUUCAGAACCCUAUUUUUGGACCCGUAAGAAACUGAAACUCUUGCAACGCAAUGUCCGUCUAGCCAAGGCCGCGUUCGUUGCAGAGGUACGAAAAAUCCGUGAGAACCAAGUCCCUAAGGACCAAUUGCUUUUCUACAAGGAGACGCGCAGGCUCGAAGAUUAUGCCGUUUUACCGGUUCAUGCCUAUAUCGUCGAACGAGGAAAACUAGUACCGAACAAGCGAGUUGCAUACGGGAUUGCGGAAGGGCCAGGUCGAUUGCUCGACAAAGCGCGAGCGCCUGCAAAGUUCUCAGACCCCGAUGCCGAAUAUUACAUCAAUAAGCAAUUAGUGCCCUGUCUGCAGAGGUUGUUCACGCUCGUGGGAGAAGACGUGCGAUCCUGGGUUCCGCCAGUAAGUGAUAAACGGUUGUUAAAAAAUCGAGGACCAUUGUCAAAGUUCAUCAAAAGCACGUGUAAGAUGUGUAAAAAGCCGAUGCUGAGGGGGACUGGCGGUAGUGGUGGAGUAGAAGAUCGAGCACGAGGCGCUGCACUACAAAAUCGUCGAAAAGAAGAUCCAAAUGAGGUUGUUGUUCUUGAUGACGAUAGUGCUGAUGAAAAAGACGAAACGCGUAAUGAAGGGAGAAACAGGAGGUCUUCUUCACUCUCAAAGAGGAACCAAGAAGUAUCAUCCUCGUCACCGAUUCUCAAUUUCUAUUCCCAGUCACAAAAACAAGUAGACCACUCAGUUAGCACUUCUGCAGCACCCAACUCUUUAUGUCCCAAAUGUCUUGCUGCACCCAACAAGCUCUUAGAAAGGACACAGGAAUUGAGGAGAGAGCUAGCUGAUAUUGAGGACACAACAUGCGCCACAUGUGUGAAAGCGCCAUAUCCCGCAAGCCUCCUAUGCCAAGCAUAUGAUUGUGACGUAUUGGGAAAACGCGCUCUGCUCAUGCAAAAUAUUGAAUCGCUACAAAGCUAGCGAUGAUGUUUAGGGAGUCAUUUGUUGUAAGUUGAGCAAUAUCUACUUCUCUGCGCAAGUUGUACAAUGAGAAAAUAUCACGAC